CACCGUGAAAGGAUUGUCCAAUGAAAACUACCGACGCCAGACACCGGGACAGGGCCGGGGUGGAGGAGACGAUGGAGAAUUUCUCGGCGCUGUUCGGAGCUCAGGCUGACCCACCACCGCCCCCAACCGCACUCGGCUUCGGACCAGGGAAGCCACCACCUCCGCCUCCCCCUCCUCCGGGCGGGGGCCCCGGCACGGCCCCGCAGCCCACCUCGGCCACGGCCCCGCCCGGAGCCGACAAGUCAGCGGCUGGUUGUGGUCCCUUCUACCUAAUGCGGGAGCUGCCAGGUAGCACUGAGCUGACAGGCAGCACCAAUCUGAUCACACACUACAACCUGGAACAUUCCUAUAAUAAAUUCUGUGGGAAGAAGGUGAAGGAGAAGCUAAGUAACUUCCUGCCUGACCUGCCAGGGAUGAUUGAUCUGCCCGGUUCCCAUGAUAACAGCAGCCUCCGCUCCCUCAUUGAGAAGCCCCCUAUUCUUGGUGGCUCUUUUAAUCCUAUCACAGGGACCAUGCUGGCUGGCUUUCGCCUCCACACUGGCCCGUUGCCAGAGCAGUGUCGUCUGAUGCAUAUUCAGCCUCCCAAGAAGAAGAAUAAACACAAGCACAAACAGAGCCGUACCCAGGAUCCUGUCCCCCCAGAAACGCCAUCUGAUUCUGAUCACAAGAAGAAGAAAAAGAAAAAAGAGGAGGAUCCUGAACGGAAGAGGAAGAAGAAAGAGAAGAAGAAAAAGAAGAACCGACACAGUCCAGACCACCCAGGCGUGGGCAGCUCUCAGGCCAGCAGCAGCAGCAGCCUCCGCUAACAGGGCUCUACCAGAAUGGCUUUUCCUGCCUGACAAAAGCUGCCUUCCAGGCUCGGACACUGCCUUGGGAGCAUCCCCUGCAACCGGGACAGAAGCCAGCUCCUGCUGUGCUUGACUGAGAUUAACGCAUUAUAUGACAGAAGGGCCAUGCUUUUGUUAAGGCUCAGCCCGGUUGGCUUUCUCACGGACCUCUCUUCCUCUCCCAGGAAGCUUUCAUCUCUUUUGUGCAAUUGGUCUGAUUUAGGACAUUGUCUCAUUUGUUAGGGUUUUUCUUUUUUUUGAAAAAAAAUUUACAUUUAUCAAACUGGGUGAACUGUGGCUGCCUAUUAAGAGGUAAGUGCCUUUCUGUGUGAGUCAGGGUUUAAGCCAAGGCAUUCAAAGAUCAGAGCGAAUUUGGGUCUUAUCAUUAUGUUAUCUCAUUAGCAGGCAGGGAAACCACCAGAGUAAGAUCUGGGAGCAUGGUCACAAGUGAGGCAGAGCUUGCUAAUACCUGUCUACAGCAGACACAUAACACUCUGCCCAUAGUGUUGAGAACCAAGCACCUGGAUGAGGCUCCAUCUGAAGAGUCAAUCCAGUUAAGUCUCAACUGUCUUCUGAGUCAAUCUUGCAUUGAAACAGAAUUGCCAACUGAAAAAGCACCCACAGUCACCAGUGUAGUUCAACAAGGUUAAUUCCUGGUCAAGCCUAUGAUUUUUUUUUUUUUUUUUUUU